UCUAGGGUUUUGAAAGAUUUUGAAGUCUGCUCCCUCCACUCCGCCCCGCUCCCAAUUCGAUACCCCAUACUCCAACCUUUUCGCUCGGAGUAGUGCUUGCUCUCGUCUUCUCUCCGUCGGCGGUUGCCAUCCUCUUCGGCCAGCGGCGGAGGGUGCUCCCCUGAGGGACACCGGGCAGCGUCGUGAUCGGCAUUGCCGCGGGCGGUGAUCGUGUUUUCCUCUGGAGGCUAUCUCGGUCUCCAUGGACCCCCAGAGCCACCCGCCACCCCCUGGCGAACCUUCCGCGGCCGCAGCCGGAACUUGCGCUUGUGACUGCCGUUGCUGCGGUCGUGCCUCCCUCGACUCCGACGCUUGGGUCCCCUCACUGAAGCGGAGGAUGGACGAGAUGGAGGCGGCAACGCCCUCCAUCUCGCCUGCUGCCGUGGAUGACGGCGUUGUCAGGGUGGAGAUCGCGGACGAGGCGGCGGCCGUCUGCGGCCACCUGCAGUCGAUCCAGGAGCUGCGUACGGAGCUGGAGGAGGAGAGGAGCGCGGCGGCGUCAGCUGCGUCGGAGGCCAUGUCGAUGAUCCUCCGGCUCCAGCGCGAGAAGGCCGAGGUCCAGAUGGAGGCGCGCCAGUUCAAGGGCUUCGCCGAGGAGAAGAUGGCGCACGACCGGCAGGAGAUCGCCGCCCUCGAGGACCUCCUCCUGAAGUAUGACGAGACCAUUCUCUCCCUCUCCUACGAGGUUGAAACCUACCGCCACCGCCUCUUCAGCUCCGGCAUUGGUGUUUCCGAUGCCCCUGCAUCCGAGCCAGAGUCUCCAGAUGAGGCCACCACUGCCGACGCCCAAUUCGACUUCUCAUGCGGCGACUACCCUCCAUUAAGGUCCACCUUGUCCGCCGACGAUGCUACUAUCGACAUCUACAAGUACCCUUUCGGGGAGACCCCCCGUGAGCACCUCAAUAAGCUCGAAGCACGCAUCUCCCAGCUCGAACGGAUGCCAAGCUGUGGCCAAAUGAGUAACGUGGUAGACAAAAUGGUUGCCAUGGGGCAUUCGCCUCACCGGCCGAUUCAUAUUAAGAGACUCUCUGUUGACAGCUGUGGUUCAAGCCUGGAGUUCAAUAAGGGGGAGGAGUUCCCAAUUACCAUGGACCUUUCUUCUGAUUGUGGUGUACAGGAUGACAUGAGCGACAGGGUAUAUACAAUAGACACAAUGCACAAGGCGGCUGAAGACUAUGUCAGCCUGGCAAGGGUGGUUCAUAACGAGAAGGAUACGAAUGGUAGUGAUGAGGAAGCAGAGAUAAGAAAGCUUCGCUUGAGGCUUGAGGCUCUCGAGGCAGAUAGGGAGUCCAUGAGAAAGACCUUAAUCUCUAUUGCUACUGAUAAGACUCAAGUGGUCAUGCUGAACGACAUUGCUCAGCAUCUCCGCGAGGAUGCAUCUUCUGAGAAGAUUGUCAAGAAACAGCCUUUUCUCAAAAGGUUCUCGCUCAUGUUAAUCAUUAAGAGCCCUCUUCCGAAUGCCCUUCUCCGCUCAAUCUGUUCCGUGUGUGCCGAGCUCGUCAUCAUCAACGUUAAACGUGCCGUUGAUUCUGUGAUUGGAGUCACGUCGGCCGCGGUCGAACAGUUGCGGCGUUCUCAUCGACCUACAUCAAAAGAUUCGACGAAAUCAAAUCUGAGGCGAUGGCCGUUCAGAGUGGCGUGUAGGCGGUGGUGGACGAGGUCGCUCGCGGCGCAGCACAAGCGCCGCUACCACCUUCUGUCCGGGAAUAGCCUGCAGGUGGUGGAGGAGAAGAUUGCAAUCGCCGCUGCCUCCUUAUCGAGGGUUGAUGUGUAG